AUGGCAAGCAACCAUUACUUGAUGAACUGGGAUCUGGUGUGCCUGGCGUUCUUCGGCAAAAAUGCCAUUGGCGAUCAUCAUCUUGGUGGCAAUAUCAGUAUAUACAUUGUCGCACCUUCCAUCGUGUUUUAUUUGAUCAAGCUGCAAUCGGAUGGUAUGUACGCCAUGACAGAAUUGUUGCGUGCAAACACCCAUAUCUGUCGCAGAGGCGCCUGCGUACCCGACGAACCUGCGCGCCUUAGAAAUGUCAUUCACGUUUCCCGAAACACAUUGUAA